ACUCGCGGCGUCCGGGCCGCCCAAGCCCACAGCGCCCCCUUUCGACCCUAGGCUCCCCAGCCGUCUACCCUCAGUACUAGGUAUCACUCAGAACAGAGAGGCUCAGCCUCUGGUGCGCCAAUGAGCCAAGUGGAGUUUGAAAUGGCCUGCGCGUCCCUCAAGCAGCUGAAGGGUCCCGUGAGCGAUCAGGAGAAACUGCUGGUGUACAGCUUCUACAAACAGGCCACCCAGGGCGACUGUAACAUCCCUGUCCCUCCAGCCACAGAUGUGAGAGCAAAGGCCAAAUGGGAGGCGUGGAAUGUGAACAAAGGGAUGUCCAAGAUGGAUGCCAUGAGGAUCUAUAUUGCCAAAGUGGAGGAGCUGAAGAAAAACGAGGGUGGCUAA